AUGGCGGAUUAUUUUGUCGAAGACCCGAAGUACAACGAAGAUAUCUUUCGGCAUAGGUUCCGUAUGUCGAAACGUUUGUUUCUAAAAAUUGUGGCCGAUGUGGAAGAGAACGACCCGUCGUUUGUAGAGGCCCCCGAUGCGCGAGGUAAGAAGGGCUUUACGCCCUUGCAAAAGGUGACAUCGGCUAUUAAACAGCUCGCAAUUGGAAACACUCCAGACGAGAACGAUGAGUACUUGCAUAUGGCCGAAAGAACUUCCCGCGAGUGCCUAGAAUAUUUUUGUGACACGGUUUGCAAAAUAUACGGUCCAGAGUUCUUACGUAGACCGACAAGCCACGACAUGGCACUUUUAUACCAAGCUCAUGAGGAAAAACAUCACCUUCCAGAGUAUCGAGGCCAAUAUAUGCGAGGAGAUCAUCGAUACCCGACUGUUAUGCUCGAAGCGGUUGCUUCUCAAGACUUAUGGUUUUGGCAUGCUUUUGCCGGUCCACCGGGUUCUCAAAACGAUAUCAAUGUUCUACAACAAUCUCUGUUAUUUUUAACGGAACGAAAUGGAACCGCGCCAAAAUGUCCAUUUUACGUUAACAACCAUUUAUACAAACGUGGUUAUUUGCUCGUGGAUGGAAUCUACCCUUCGUGGUCCGUGUUUGUGAAGUCGAUCCCUUACCCUCACGAAGUAAACGAAAAGAAAUUCAAGAGGCAACAUGAGGCGGCAAGAAAAGACGUCGAACGGGCUUUUGGUGUUUUGAAGGCGAAAUGGGGUGUAUUGAGUCGACCGAUGCAAGCAAGAUCUGUUAAAAAAAAUUAG